AUGCACAAAGAAGCUCGCAAAGUCAUUGCUGUUGACCUCGAUCAGACACUAGCACACACAUUGGAAAGCCUAGUGGCAUGGCAUAACGACACAUAUGCCACCGACCUUGAUGUUACAGAUUUUAAUACGUACGAAUACUGGAAGGUUUGGGGAGGCACUCGAGAGGAAACCUGUAUGAAGAUCAGAGAUUUCUAUGACUCGAGCUACUUUGAUCGCAUCCAGCCUAUACAGGAUUUUGCAUUGGAGGCACUCAAGAUGCUGAAAAAACGUCAUUUCACCUUGGUUAUCAUCACAUCCCGCCAGCAAUUUGUUGCAGAAAAAACAAAACGGUUUGUUGAUAGACAUUAUCCAGGCAUUUUCGAUAGCAUCUACUUUUGCAACUUGGAUCUAUCAGAUUCUGAGCAGCUGGAAUACGUAUCAAAACCAAAGUCUGUCAUCUGCCAGGAGAUUGGAGUCGAUGUACUGAUUGAUGACUCGCUGGAGCAUGCAUUUGACUGUUCGACUUUGGGGAUUGACAUCUUGCUGUACGAUAGACAAGGCCAAUACAUCUGGAAUCAUGACGAUAUACUGAAAAAGCGACAUGCACAAUACUCUGCUCCAACACUGACAUCUACCUCCAAAAGACUGUAUCAUCAAACGCCUCGAGAAUUGUCGAAAAACGUGCAUCGUAUGACAAGUUGGAAGGAAAUCAUUGCACAGUUUCCAAAGCCGUCUAGUCCACUACGAUACUGUUACUUUGCAGAACAAGAUCAACAAGAUGAAGAAGAAGAGGAAGAAGAGGAGGAAGAGGAAGAGGAGGAAGCGGAUUCGUAUGAUAGCGAACAGCAUUACUUUGACAAUUCAAAUUACUAUGUCUUUGAAACAGUCGAAGUAGAGGAAUUGAGUGAAGAAGAAGAAGAGGAAGAAUAUCCACUCUACAGAGACAAUCGAGUUUGGGUUUAA